AUGACUGACUUAUCGCAGUUCCUGGACAUCACGCCCGUGCAGCUUAACCAGGAAGAACCUCAGUUGUGCCAAAUCUUAUAUGACGACGAGUACAAGUCAGUAAUGGGCAUACUAUUGGCACUUCUCGCAAAAAAAGAGUACAGCGACAGAGCCUUUGAGUUGACCCAAGCAGGAAUCGAACUUUUGGCCUCGCAUUACACUAUCUGGAACUAUAGAUACAACAUCAUUGUUCACUUGGACAAAAACUUAUAUGACGAAUUGGACUGGUGUGAACAAUUGGCUCUAGAUAAUGAAAAAAAUUAUCAAAUUUGGAACUAUAGACAAUUGAUAAUAGAGUUGAUAAUAAGCAGAGAAACCAGCGAUACGGUGAAAAAAUUUAAUGCCUACCAUGAAUUCCCCAUUGUUGAUGAAAUGCUCUCACAAGAUAGUAAGAACCAUCAUGUGUGGUCGUACAGGAAAUGGUUAGUUGAGAGAUUCAAGUUGUAUAGGGACGAACGAGAAAUAGAGUUUGUUGCAAAGAGAAUUGAAUACGAUGUUAAAAACAAUUCUGCAUGGACUCAUAGAUUCUUCAUUAAGUUUGGUGACGAACAGGUGGACCAGAAUGUUAUUAAUGAAGAAAUUGACUACGUAAAGCAGAAGAUUCAAGAAGCUCCUCAAAAUGCGUCUAGCUGGAAUUACUUGAUUGGAAUUUAUCAAAAGUUCAAGAAACCCGACGAAUUAAUUGACUUGGAAGAAUUCUGUCAAGAAUUUGCAAAUAUCAACGAAGAGAAUGUAAUCAAAUCAUCGUAUGCUCUUGAGUUGUUGGGGAAAAUUAACGUUAAGAAAAAUAACAAACCUAAAGCAAUUGAGAUAUACUCCCUUUUGAAGGAUAUCUACGAUCCAAUUCGGAAGAAUUAUUGGACAUAUCAAAUCAAGGAGAUUGAAGCUUAA